AUGGCUGUUGGGGUGGAGAAAGACACGUCGCGACUGCCCAAAAGAAUAAUUAUCGACACGGAUCCGGGAAUAGACGACACGAUGGCGAUUCUACUGGCGUUCCUGUCGCCCGAGCAGCUGCACGUGGUGGGCAUCACCACCGUCUUCGGCAACGUGCGCACGCCCACCGCCACCGCCAACGCGCUCCGCCUCUGCGAGCUGGCAGGGAGGGAGGACGUGCCAGUGGCGCAUGGAGAAGAGGUCACUCUUCGGGGCGUGGAGAAGAUCCGAGUGGCGGAUUUUGUGCAUGGCAGUGACGGCAUGGGCAACACCAAUCAGCAGCCGCCACGUGGCAAGCCCAUAGACAAGGGAGCAGCGCAGUUCCUAGUGGACACGGUCCGCGCGGCACCCGGGCAGAUCACAGUGGUGGCUCUGGGGCCACUCACCAACCUCGCCAAGGCCCUGCAGCUGGACCCCACCUUCCCCCAGCACGUGGCGGAGAUCGUCGUUCUGGGCGGCGCCUUCUUCACCAACGGGAACGUCAACCCCGCGGCCGAGGCCAAUAUAUUUGGAGACCCAGAUGCAGCAGAUGCGGUGUUCACGUGUGGCGCCAAGUGCACAGUCAUAGGCAUCAACAUCACGCACCAAGUCACCCUCUCAGUGAGGGACAUGGAGGACAUAAGAGACAGCAAGGGGCCGUUUGGGCGCUUCCUGUACGACACGUCGCAGUUCUACUACCGCUACCACAAGGAAUCGUACGGCAUGGAUGCGGUGUACCUGCACGACCCCACCACCAUGGUGGCUGCCAUGGACGAUUCGCUCUUCACCUUCCACGAGGGCGUGGUGCGCGUGCAGCUCGACGGCAUCACCAAGGGACUCACUUUGCUAAACAACACCAACAAAGUCAAUGACUCUCCUCCGCCCCUCCUCCCCACAAGCAGCAGCUCCCAGUCCUGUGUCCUUAAGAGCAACGCCUCAACCUGUGCUUCUUCCACCAUCCCCUCCUCACCCUCCUCCUCACCCUCCUCCUCACCCUCUUCAUCCCCGCACGCACCCUCCUCAACCUCGUCACCUCACCCCUCACUCGCAUCGUCUCUCUCAUUCCUGGCAUCUCACAACUCAACUCUGCUUGCGCCAUGCUGCCCCACCCAUGCUAUGAGGCAGCAGCUAUGA